AUGGGCGAAACCAAGUCGAUCAAGUAUGACUUAAAAGCUGACGCUGGUACAGCGCAAGCGUCUGGCCUCGUCAAGCCAAAUUACUACCAUUCGCUAUGGUUUGAGGACGCUGACCCGGACGUCGCUCAAUGGCAUUACGAUCUCGAAGUUUGUCGUGAGGAAGUCGACAAGACUUGUAUGGAGUGUGGUCAAGUUGCUGCCGACAAGAAGGCCUAA